UAUUAAUUUGUAUCUUUUUAACUAAUUUCAGGCAAAGUUAGGGACGAUGCCAAUGACAUUAAUGAUGAUGACGAUGAUUAUAAUGAUAAUCACGAUCUUGAUGAUGGUGAGGAGUCAGACAAGGAGUUGGUGACGGAUAGUGACAUGCUUGACCUCGAUCACCAAGACUCUGAUGAAUGCGAAGAUGCUAUGGGUGAUGGAGUUUCCUGCCAAUGUGGGCCUUGUGAAUUAUUGAAGAAGUAUGAUCAACCUGUGUUUUGGAGUUUUCUUACUGAACUGUCUGCUUUGUGCAAAAGUAAAACUUCACCUGGCUUUCAAUAUUUAGAUCUUCUUUCCAUACCUGAAAAUGAGUCAAAUGUGGAACUUGGGAAAGGCGUUUUCUUAUCCAAGACAGACAGAGACCAGUUAAGAGUUGACUACAAAAACAGGCCGUUAAUCCUGGCCCGGGAAACACUCUUUGCUCUGUAUGGAAGAGAAACAUUUCAACUGUUGACGGUAACUGGUAAAGGGAAGAAGGAGGGUAGCUACACGAUUCCUAGGAGUGUCUUGACAGCUGUUUGCAGAUUUGUCAACAGUAAUGUUGCGGAAGAGAAGGCAAUGAAAACCGUUGACCUUACUGCCAUGAUUAACAAAAGAGCUCCAGACUGGAGGCAGAAGUCACCUGCUAUUAAGAAAGUAACUUCCAUUAAAAAACUAAAGCAGCGCUCAUCCGAGGCUGGUGGUACUUCACCAUUCAAGGGAGCCCUUUUGUCUCCUUCAUCUGCUGCUUCAAGCGUCUUUUCUCCUCGAUCAUCUGCCCCAACACCUACACCAUUUGCUUCUGGACUUGCGCAAGUCAUGUCUGGACAACAGCAUCAGCAGCAGCAGCAACCACUGCAGCAGCAGCAACCACUGCAGCAGCAGCAACAGCUGCAGCAUCAUCAUUAACAACAACAACAGCAGCAGUAUCAACAGGACUCAAAUGCUUGGAGGUCUGACCAUGGCUACAACUACUCUGCCUACCCGCCUGUUCCAUACUCCACUCAGCUACACUGGCAACGUUGGGAUACUUCAACUACAAAUUACAAUAAUUGUUCGGGUGAGCCUCUGACUACUGCAGCUGCUAAUUACACCUUAGAAAAAUUGUGAUUUUAAUUUACAAUCUUUACUCUGCAUUUUAAGAAAAGUCACUAGGGUUUUUAAUUGUCUAAGACUGAUUAAUUUUUACGUUUACAUUCUUUUGAUUAUGAAAAAUGACAUGGAAUACUUGAGAAUUAUAGCUUGCGCUGAUGUCUUGACUUUAAAUUGUAGGUCCCCGUCCCCGUAUAUUUAAUUAAUUUAGUGUCAUUUGUUAUAUUUUUUAUAUCUUCUAUUGACUACUAGUAUUAUCUUGGCUGGAAAGCCUUCUUACUAUUUUCAUUUACUAAGUCACAAUUCUUGUUUAUCAGCAUUUCUAUUUUAUUUUGGAAUCUUGUUCCUUUUAAUGU